UGGAACCAACAGAACUGAAUACAGAUGGUAGUACGAAUAUGCCACAACCCAGGUGUAUUAUAUUUGAGCGAGAUAACCCUAAUAUUCCCCAACUAUAUAAUGUCGUGGGCAACCUAGCCAUUGAAUAUUGGAAUUGGUUUCUCGGAAAACUGGAACAGCUAAAAAAUCUCUGCUUUCGACCCAUAUGCAAUUUAAAGUUAACACUAUCUGCAGAUCCUGAGAUUCUGGAUAGGAUUAGCCAAACAAGAGGAUGGAAUACGGCGGCCUUUCGAUGCAUAGAGUUCCAUCCGAAAAUUUCCUUAAUGGCCUUAGUGACUAAUCAAGAUAUUAUUCUGAUCCAUGAUGGAAGAAGAAGCAACACACACACCAAUCUACAGAACUUUCAUCAAAAGGACAUCACCUGUGCAGUCUUUCGUCCUUGGUCACCGGUAUGCGAAUUAGCCGUAGGAUGUGCUUCGGGGGUAUAUUUAUGGAGGGAAAGUGGAAGGUCCAACCACAAUAUUCGCCACAUGCUGGGCACCCACCUCAUGAGAGUCCUGCAGGACGAGGGGCACAACUAUGUGACCUCGCUGCAGUGGAACGAAGAUGGUACCAUCCUGAUCAGCGCCGCUUUGGGCUCAUCACAUAUCAUCCUUUGGGAACCGGACUGUCAGCAGAAGAUUCGCUUGAUUCCAGCUCCCAAUAGCCUGAGCUCCUUUUCGCUACUGCGAUAUAGUCCCGAUUUCCAGGUACUUUUCUGCGCAUCCUGCGAUGCCGGUGCAAGUCUAUGCCAGUUGAAUAGGUCGAAGUGGAAAUCGGAACAGGUCCUCAUGCGGAAUCGCAUUCAAACGGCUGUCUGGACCACUUGCAGUUCAUAUCUGCUGUUUGUGCGGGAGGGCAGUACUCGUGUUUACUCAUGUACCAAUGAUGGGGAAUCAACGAUUUUUCUCCGCCCCAAACCCCAAUGGAGGGUCGAAUUGGUGGUGGACCUGCAGGAGGUCACAACUUGUUCCGGGGAGCAGAGGUGCUGCGGUGAACCCCACACCUUCGCCAUGGAUCCCCUGGGCCUCUACAUGGCCAUAAUCUUCAAGCAGCAGUCCUUCGUCCUGCUCUGCCUUUUGGCCAAUUUCCGACUGGGUUCACCGCGUCUCCUGCCCCUUGAAUUUAUAAAUUGCGAUGCCGAUGGCGAGGAGUACCCAACUUGUAUGGGAUUUGGUAUAUCCGAUCCGCAAACUCGAUGUCUGGUGAUUUGCUGGAACUCGGGGCAUAUUCAGCGAUAUGUACUAACUGCAAAGUGCUGGCAAGAGGCCCAGGUAUUACAUAAUAUAAAGUAA